AUCGCUCUCUCGCUACAAUCCAAUGGUCGAAAAUCGAGGACCUUCGCUGCUGAUUAUCAAUGGCACCUUCGCCGCCAUCGCCACGGUCUUCGUGGUGCUUCGAGUCAUCUCCCGCGGGUACAUCCUCAAGAAACUUGGCCUCGAUGAUGCUAUGAUCGUGUUCGCGACAGUGCUCACCAAUUUAUUGGUAGUGCUGUCCGGCAUAGGGGUCAUGUACGGCGCAGGCAAGCACACAUGGGACUUGGACCCCAACGAUGCGCUGGCCGCAGCCAAGCUCCGAUUCAUCACCCAUAUCGUCUAUGUCAUCGCCAGCGGCUGCAUCAAGAUCUCGAUCUGUCUGCUCUACCUCCGCCUCUUCCCCAACCUCCACCUGAUCACCCUCAUGACCAUCGCCGUCAUCUCCGCCAUGAGCACCGCCCUCUUCCUGACGACCAUCUUCCAAUGCUCUCCGGUCGACGCCGUCUACAACGCCCAGAAAUACGAGCACUACUCGUGCAUCAACACUGUCGCCUACUGGUCCGCAAUCGGGACCUUGUACUUGGUGACCGACAUAUGGGUUCUGGUGUUGCCCAUUCCAACGAUCCAGGGACUGCAAACCACGCGACGCAAAAAAAUUGUCCUGACGGGGGUGCUCUCCCUCGGUGCUCUUGCCUGCAUCGCCAGCAUCGUUCGGAUGGUUUAUAUUGUCCAAUUAUACACGGGUUCGGAUCGAAGCUGGGAUAACGUGAGUGUCGCCAUCUGCUCCGGGGUGGAGCUGGCGCUGGGAAUCAUUGCGGCGAGCAUCCCCAGCCUGAAGCCGAUGAUCCACAAGUGGGUCCAGGGGUUCCAUAUCCAGAAGAGUGAAGCGUCGACUUGA